AGAAUUACAGCCUCACGGAAGCCCAGAUGGUGCCCAAAUAUAUACCAACCCGCUAGGGUUUCAUCCUCUUGCUUGCUCCCUGCCUCCGCGCCUCCGCCUCCCGUUUCUGCACCCCCAGCGGCGGCCGUCGUUCGUACCCGCCUCCGGCCUUCACCAUGAUCAUCUCCAAGAAGAACCGCCGCGAGAUCUGCAAGUACCUCUUCCAAGAGGGAGUUCUGUAUGCGAAGAAGGACUACAACCUGGCCAAGCACCCGCAGGUCGAUGCCUCCAACUUGGAGGUCAUCAAGCUCAUGCAGAGCUUCAAGUCCAAGGAGUACGUCAGGGAGACCUUCUCGUGGCAGCACUACUACUGGUACCUGACCAAUGACGGCAUCGAGUUCCUGCGCACCUUCCUCAACCUGCCAUCUGAGAUUGUGCCCAACACCCUCAAGAAGUCUGCUAAGCCCCCAUCCCGCCCCUUUGGCUCUGGCCCGCCGGGUGAUCGCCCCAGGGGCCCACCUCGUUUCGAGGGUGACAGGCCGAGGUUCGCUGAUAGGGAUGGUUACAGGGGAGGCCCACGUGGUGCUCCUGGUGAUUUUGCUGGCGAGAAGGGUGGAGCUCCUGCUGAGUUCCAGCCAUCUUUCAGGGGUGGUAGCAGACCUGCCUUUGGCCGUGGAGGUGGAGGUGGCAGCGGUGCAUUCGGUGCUGGGGCAUCCUCCAUGGAGUGAAGAAGGGAUACAUGGGCUAGCGGCGGCGCUGAUUUAUACCUAAUAGCUUUCCAGAUCCAAUGCGCAAGGGGUAGCUGAGGUUGUUAAGACAUGGUUUACGGGUUCCUUUGUUAGACGGAGCUCUUUUAAAUGAAAUUCAGUCAGCUGAGAAUCUGAAAAAUGUGCGGCUUGUUAUUUAAAUCAUGUUUUUUCUCCAUUGUCGUGAGAAUGGCUCUCUGGGUUCUGCGAUCUUAA